AUGUCACUUAGGAAUGCUCUAACAAAGCUCCACCGAAUACCUGAAGUCCAGAAUCAGUAUAAUGUCUUCACGCAUAUCAAUGAGAACGCAGCCAAUCAAAUCAAGAACAUCGAGUUAUCUGAUAAACCACUAAGCUAUACUGUGGCUGGAAUCAAGGACAACAUUGUCACGAAGGAUAUGCCUACAACUUGUGGAUCCAAAAUUUUAGAAGGAUACAAGUCACCAUUUGAUGCAACAGUAGUUUCCCUGCUUUUGGAAGCAGGGACCGUCAUUGCGGGGAAAACCAACAUGGAUGAGUUUGGUAUGGGAUCAGCAGGUGUGCAUUCGCACUUUGGACCCACCUUCAACCCGUUAUUUGAUGCUAAGGACCGGAUAAUAGCAGGGGGAUCAUCCUCUGGUUCAGCAGCAGCAGUAGCAGCUGAUACGGUUGAUUUCUCCUUGGGUACAGAUACUGGUGGUUCAGUGCGGCUUCCUGCCUCAUACACAUCUGUAUAUGGGUUCAAGCCAUCAUACGGACGUAUUUCGAGGUACGGUGUGAUAUCAUAUGCUCAAAGUUUGGAUACAGUUGGCAUAAUGGCCAAAGAUAUCGAUAUUGUAAAGAAAGUGUUUACAAUCCUUGACAAACAUGACGAGAAGGAUCCAACUUCAUUGAGUGAAGAAGUCAGACACAAGUUUGAACAACUGAGUUCCAAGAAGAAGAAAUUACGGAUCGGUGUACCAGAGGAAUUUUCGCAGGAGAACAUACCUCAGGAAUUCAAAUCGAAGUUGGCCGGAAUUAUCAAGAAUUUGAUGGCAAGGGGACAUGAGGUAUAUCCUGUAUCCAUUCCAUCGGUAAAACAUGCGUUGUCUAUAUACUAUACUCUUUCUCCGGCUGAAGCAGUGUCCAACCUUUCCAGAUUUGAUGGUAUUAGAUAUGGCUACAGAGCCGACUCUGAUAUCGAAGACGGAGUUUUAUUCACACCAACGAGGUCUGCUUUUGGACCAGAAGUUCAAAAUAGAAUCAUCUUGGGUAAUUACAACUUGUGUUCUGAGGCCUUUAAAAACAACUAUAUCAAAGCUCAGAGAUUAAGAGUGCAAUUAAUUAACGAUUUUGAUUGUGCAUUCAGGUUCCCCAAUUGUUUGAGCAAUAACUCGGUUAAUCACGAAGGUGUUGAUAUCAUGUUAGCUCCAACGUCAACAUCGCUUCCAACCACAUACGAGGAGGUUUUAAGCAAGGAAGAAAAGAGCCCAUUGAAUACCUACAUUAACGAUGUUUUCACUAUGCCUAUCUCCUUGUCUGGCCUUCCAGCAAUAUCGAUUCCCGUUGGACAUGCUUUCGGUAUCCAAGCGUUCUCACAACAUGGGAAUGACGGGGAGCUCCUAGACGCGGUCUCAGAGAUACAAGAGUGUGCUUUAUGA